GUCUAUAUAAGGGGCAUUGCAGCCAAAUGAGAAUCACUUUCUCUCUUACCAUCCGGCUUACCAACAUCCAUACAUCCAUACAUCCAAUAAUCUGCUUGGUACCAAGUCUUCCCAUUUAUGCUUUUUGGGUCGUCGGCCUCGAGCUUGAUAUUUCAGUUACUCUUUUAAACUACUAUGGCCGCUUCAAAAAAGACAAGCGUUCCUGUUGCUCUAUUUGGGAAGGACGAAAGGGUUUCGGAGGCAGUCAAAGAGAAACUACUCCCGGACUUCGAAGUCGUGCAUAUCUGCAACGAUGUUGGGAGCGCCGUCUCAGAAUUCCCGCCUCUGUUUAGGGGCAAGUCCAGAGUCCCAGAGGCCGUCUUUUUCGGGGGUAACUUUUCCGACGCCGAAUACCAGGCCAUCGUCAAGGCCGUAAUGAAGACGUGUGGCGAGAACGUCCCAAAGUUCAUAAAGUGUCAGAAGUUCGAUGUGCUCGCUGCGGGCUCGUUCGGCCCAAACCCGAAUGCUAUCGCGAAGGUCUUCCGCAAGAAGAUGGCGGCUGCCACUGCUGCCUAGUAAUGCGUUUUCACUAGGGAUAAGGACGGAGGAAAAAAGCCAACAGAGUCUAUUGUUACAUGGAUCGAG